AAAUUCAGUUUAAUUUUUUCUCUCUCAUUAAAUCUGUAUAUUUAAAGAUCAGUUUUUUCUCUGAUCUUCUUUUUAACUUUUUGCUGAAGAUCUCACCAUAAUUUUUAUUUUUUUUUAAAAAUGUCAUCUAUUUCUUCAAAUCCGAAAACUGUAGAAGAGAUCUUCAAAGAUUAUAGCUCUCGUCGUUCUGGAAUAGUUCGAGCUUUAACACACGAUGUGGAUGAAUUCUAUAAUUUAUGCGAUCCAGAGAAAGAAAAUUUGUGCCUAUAUGGACAUCCGAAUGAGACCUGGGAAGUCAAUCUUCCUGCUGAAGAAGUCCCACCUGAGCUACCAGAGCCAGCACUAGGGAUAAAUUUUGCGAGGGAUGGGAUGAAUCGGAGAGAUUGGCUUUCAUUGGUUGCUGUGCACAGUGAUUGUUGGUUGCUUUCUGUGGCAUUCUUUUUUGGAACUCGUCUUAACCAAAAUGAAAGGAAGCGUCUAUUCAGCAUGAUCAAUGAACUUCCAACAGCUUUUGAAAUUGUGGCUGAAAGAAAGCAUGUAAAAGAGAAGCCCACUGCUGAUAGUGGAAGCAAAUCUCGUGGUAGUACGAAGAAAUCUAGUGACAGUCAGGCCAAAAGCACACCAAAGCUUGCAGAUGAAAGUUACCCGGAGGAAGAAGAACAUGGUGAGACACUCUGCGGCAGCUGUGGUGGGAAUUAUAGUGCUGAUGAAUUCUGGAUCGGCUGCGACAUCUGUGAGAGGUGGUUCCAUGGAAAGUGUGUUAAGAUAACACCUGCUAAAGCUGAGAGUAUAAAGCAAUAUAAAUGCCCGUCGUGCAGCUUGAAGCGUAGCAGAGUACAGUAGCUAAUUCAUGAGAGCCGUAAGUGCUGUUGCUCUGACCAUUAACAGAAUAGUAUAGCAAUCUUACAUUUGUGAUUGAUAUUCUAUUGUGAUGUUUCCUUACAUGACUCUUGGGAAGGAAAUGUAAUUUUACUUUCUUCUGUUAAUCCAUGUUUGGAUGUUAUUAGCCCCAUAUAUAGAAAAACUUUUCAAGUUAUUGUAAAGGUUCCUAUAUGGUUUUGUAUAUGAAUAAACUAAUUGAUGUUUUUA